AUGUCCCAUCCUCAUUAUAAUGUUAUUAUUACCACCAUUUACAAAAAAACCAAAACUUUUACUACGAGAUGCCAGCGACAUCAAGAAAACAAUGAUCGUGACGCCGAUGAUAUCAUUGAUAUCAUCCGAGGUACGAUACCGGCUGCUUUUUGUAGUGGCUAUUUAUAUAUUUAUGCUCGCCCUGACUAUGAGGAGGAGCUACUAAGAAUAAGAGACCUCCAAAAUUUGGUGCACGUCGCGUACGUAAACAUUCGUAUGCGACUUGAGUAUUCUCGGUGGAAGCUCUCGAUGGAGUUUCCACUCAGCGUGGGUAAACUCGCCGCUGUGUAUGUUUCUAAUAUACAGACGAAACCACGCGGUGAAUUCGCCGAGAAAGGUAUACCCACUUUCGAAGAAUGUGACUUGGACGGUCGGCGCCUGAAUGGUUUACCUACAUCAACUGAU